ACGCGCGCUCGUCAGUAGAGCUGUGGACGUCGUGCUGGUCGCCUCGCGCUGGAUACGUGUAGUGCGGUGUUGUGUUAGUGUUGUGCGCGCAAGUGUUGUGCUGAUGUGAACAUGUGUUGCUGAUGUACCAUGUACCCUACUGCCAGCAUGAAUGCUGCUGCCGUCGCCGCGGCGGCUAGACACCCGGGUCCUCCUCAACCAGGACAGCCUUUCAAGUUCACUGUUGGAGAGUCCUGUGACAGGAUAAAGGAAGAGUUCAACUUCUUGCAAGCCCAGUACCAUAAUUUAAAGUUGGAAUGCGAGAAGCUGGCCAGUGAGAAAAUUGAGAUCCAAAGGCAUUACGUCAUGUACUACGAAAUGUCCUAUGGUCUCAACGUAGAGAUGCACAAACAGACUGAAAUCGCCAAGAGACUGAACGCUAUCAUAGCACAAAUCCUUCCAUUUCUUUCCCAGGAGCACCAACAACAGGUGGCGACGGCUGUGGAGAGAGCGAAGCAAGUCACAAUGACUGAACUAAACGCUAUUAUCGGGCAACAGCGGCCAGAUCUACCUCGUCUAUUGCAACAGAUGCAUGCCCAGCAGUUGCCCCACGCGGGUCACGCGCCGCCUCUGCCCAUGAUGCCGCACCCCGGCCUCCGGCCCCCAAGCACCGCCGCCUCCCUGUUGGGGCUGAGCGGAGCCCUCGCCGCCCCUGGCGCUCACCCCCUCUCCAUGCUGGCCAAGCCUGACCUACACACGAGGGAGGAAGUCAAGUCGAAUAGCGGAAUCAAUUCCGCGGAAGAAAGACAUAGAAAUUCAAUAUCUCCUGCGGAAAGGGAAAAGUACCGACCAAGAAGUCCUGUUGAACAGGAACAUAAAAAACUGAAGAAAGAAGAAAAAGACUGUCAUGCCAGUGAUGGAGAGAAGAGUGACCAAGAUUUAGUUGUGGAUGAUGCAAGCGAGGAUCCUGUUUCACCCCCAAACGGAACUGCCUCACCUAGAGAGAAUGGCCUAGAAAAAUUAGCACCGAAAAAAGAGCAUGUUGGACCUCACAGCCCUAGGAGUGGCACAUCGUCCAAUGCCAGCACCCCUUCCACCAAGAAGAUGGAAGAGAAGCCGACGACACCCAUCAGCAAGUCGGUUACGCCAACUAGUGGUGGCAGUGGCAGCAGUACGGCAGGCGCCAGUGGCCUUAAACCUCUUGUCAAACCCCCCACGUUAGCAGCGCAGUACCCACCUCACUAUCUGACGGGAGCAGGGCCACACGAACUACAAGCGGGGGCAUAUGGGGCUCUCCACAACAAUCUGCCGCCUGCCCUCAACAGCUACCCCCGCCCUCCACUGGUUGGUUACGACCCUCAUUCACAAAUGAGAGCGCCUUUAGGACCUGCCCUCGGUGGGAUUCCUGGUGGUAAACCUGCAUAUUCCUUUCACGUAAGUGCUGAAGGACAAAUGCAACCUGUGCCGUUUCCCCCCGAUGCGCUGAUCGGACCCGGCAUCCCAAGACAUGCGAGGCAGAUCAACACUCUGAGUCAUGGCGAAGUUGUCUGCGCUGUGACUAUCAGUAACCCCACCAAAUACGUCUACACAGGCGGUAAGGGUUGUGUCAAAGUGUGGGACAUCAGCCAGCCCGGCACCAAGAGCCCUGUCAGCCAACUGGACUGCCUGCAAAGGGACAACUACAUUAGGUCAGUGAAACUGCUACCGGAUGGACGGACGCUGAUAGUUGGAGGGGAGGCUAGUAACCUAAGUAUUUGGGAUUUGGCGUCACCUACACCUAGGAUAAAGGCAGAGUUGACGUCAAGUGCACCAGCCUGCUAUGCUUUAGCUAUCAGCCCCGAUUCCAAGGUGUGCUUCAGCUGCUGUUCAGAUGGGAACAUCGCUGUGUGGGACCUCCACAACCAGACGCUGGUCCGUCAGUUCCAGGGCCACACGGAUGGUGCAUCCUGCAUCGACAUCUCAGCUGAUGGCACAAAGCUCUGGACGGGUGGUCUGGACAACACGGUACGCUCGUGGGAUCUCCGUGAGGGUCGCCAGCUACAGCAGCAUGACUUCUCCUCACAGAUAUUCUCACUAGGUUACUGUCCGACGGGUGAAUGGUUGGCUGUGGGCAUGGAGAAUAGUAAUGUUGAGGUGUUACACGCCCUCAAGCCAGACAAGUACCAGCUGCACCUCCACGAGAGCUGCGUGCUGUCUCUGCGGUUCGCUGCAUGUGGAAAGUGGUUCGUGUCUACGGGCAAGGACAACCUCCUCAACGCUUGGCGUACACCGUAUGGAGCCUCCAUCUUCCAAUCCAAAGAAUCAUCGUCAGUGCUGAGUUGCGACAUUUCGGCAGACGACAAGUACAUCGUGACGGGCUCCGGUGACAAGAAGGCCACAGUCUAUGAGGUGAUUUACUGACCGCGCUCAAAGCCCAAGAAAUGACCGAGCAGGAGUCCCAUCCCAAGCCCCUCUAGUUAAUUUUAUAAAAUUACUUUGUAAAACGUUCUUGUAAAAGUUCUACAAGCGCGAUAAAAUAUUUAGUCUUUUUCCAGUCACUGUAUAUUUCCAGUGUUAUUUUCUAAAUCAACACAGAGCUGUGCACGUUUUGUUUUAUGUAAAAAUUUUAUUUAGGUUAAUUUAAAGAGAAUGUAAAUUUUGUUUUGUGAAUUGAAUUUUUCAGGAAUCUUGAUUACUCAAUAGAGAAAUCUUUUCCACUGUUAUGGUGUUGUGAGGAUAAGUUUUUAAUAUUUUAAAACCAUACAUUAAUAACAUUUCUAUUUAAUUAGAAUUCUUCGUAUAAUAAAUUGCAUGAUUUUGUCGUACUUAAAUUCUUGUAACUGUACUAUAUUUAAUUAGUGUAAUCAACAAUAUCAAAAUUGUUACUACAAAAUUUAAAAUUCUUGUUAUGUGUAUUAAACACAAAAAUAUAUCCCAAAAAUAUAUAUUUUAUUCAUGCUUCAAAAUUAUAUUUUUUGUUUUUAUUACAAGGGUGAAAAUAUAUUUCCAAUUGACUAAACAAGAUUCCACUAUUUAAAAUAGGUAGAUAACAUAUUUUGAAUAAUAUUGUUAAUUUUAACUUAUUUACAGUAAGAUCUGAUAUCACAAUGAUAACUAUUUUAGCUACAAAAUUAUAGCAUCAAUAUCAUAUUUACUUUUAUAUAAUAAAGCAAAAUAAAAAUAAAAAGUGCAUAUAAUGUAAUAUUAUUGCAUAGGGAAUUAGAUAAAAUAAUUUAUAAUGGUUUUAAAUCGAAUUUCUUUGUAAAGGAAUUCAGUGUAAAAAUUAUUCAUGUAUUGCAUUUUAGCUGAUUUUGUACCAAAUAUUAGAUUAGCAUUGUUUGAAUUACAUGUUUUAUUUAUGAAUUUCUAUUAGAGGCGAUUGGGUGGGCAGUGGCUUUGUAAAGAAUCUCUUUUUAAUUCCAAAUCUUACCAUUCUCUUGUACAUUUCUAGCGAUGAAACUAGGUGCUUUUAGGUUAACCUUGUUUGUGUUGAUCUCCGAAGAUGUUCGUUCGUUGGACUAUCGGUUGUAAGUUAUGUUAGGUUCGUGGCAACACAGUUCGUGUACAGACGUUCGUUCGCUGACGACUUGUGCAUUUGUUUUGUGAUGUGUACGAUGGUUGUACAGAUAUAAAACUAUUGAUACUGUUUUUUUCUUCCUUUUUCAAGAAAAAUGUUUAUGUAAUUGUUUUUGAUUCUGGAGAGUAUUUACUAGUGACUAGGUUUAGAAAUAUGCCUUUAAUUUUAGAGAUUGUACAAUUUGUUUUUUAAUUUACCCGUGCUUCCUUUCAUAUGAAUUGAAACUAAAUUACAUACUAUGCACAUUUGUGAUCAUAAAAAUGUAUUGCAAAAAUAAUUUUACGCACUGUUUAUUUGAGUUUUACAAGCAGUUUGUAAUGCAAUAUGUUAAACUAACUUAAUUAACUAAUUGUUUCAAUUAAGAUAUUAAAUAUGUUUAAAUAAUUAAGUAGUAAAAACUCAAGAAUAUGUAAUUAUUUUGAUGAAUUGUUAUUUAUGUUUAAGACCAAACGGUUUUCGUAUAAAUGUAAUAUGAUUAAGGUUAUGUUGUAAUUGUAUUUAAAAUGUGAUUUUCACCAUUGAUUGUUGAAGAAUCUCAUGUAUAAUAUGCUGACAGGUCUGUUAGAAAAAUGUGAAAACCGCAUCUUGUAUUAUAUUGAUUUAAAAAUAAUCAAUCUUUGUUGAACUUGACAUUAAAUGUGCAUAAGGUAUGUGUUAAUUUGUAUUUUUAAAGGUACCACUCGUGUUUUAUACACUCCCUUAUCUGAUUCCUGUUGUUUCCCAGAAAUAGAUUUACUGUCUCCGUUGUUUUAUAUAAAUGUUAAUAAUAGUAUUUACAUUUCAGACACUGCUUGUGCCGUGUGUAAAGUAUAUUUUUCUGUAAACCGCAAUAGGAACUCACAAUCAGGGUUAAGUUUGUACGGUACCGAUAGACUACAAAAUGACUGUUCACUCUGUAUAUAAGUGUAUAGCUGACUGACUCUACUCUCGACCGAAUUACAUUUCGCCGCAAAUCCGCUAUUCUUUGUUUGUAUUCAUUUCAUGAUCUGUUACUAGUAAAGACGAUUCUCACAAGUGAAA